CCAGAAGAGGAACCUAAAGAAGAAGCAGCACCAGCCAAGCCUGUGGUGGGCAUUAUUUACCCUCCUCCAGAGGUCAGGAAUAUUGUAGACAAGACUGCCAGCUUCGUAGCCAGGAAUGGGCCAGAAUUUGAAGCUCGAAUUCGUCAGAAUGAAAUAAAUAACCCCAAGUUCAAUUUCCUGAACCCCAACGACCCCUACCAUGCCUACUACCGGCACAAGGUCAGCGAGUUCAAGGAGGGCAAGGCUCAGGAGCCCUCGGCUGCCAUCCCCAAGGUCAUGCAGCAGCAGCAGAGUGCUCAGCAGCAGCUUCCACAGAAGGUGCAGGCCCAGGUGAUCCAGGAGACCGUGGUGCCCAAGGAGCCUCCCCCGGAGUUCGAGUUCAUCGCGGACCCCCCGUCCAUCUCCGCCUUCGACCUGGACGUGGUGAAGCUCACCGCCCAGUUCGUGGCUCGCAACGGGCGCCAGUUCCUCACCCAGCUCAUGCAGAAGGAGCAGAGGAACUACCAGUUCGACUUCCUUCGCCCCCAGCACAGCCUCUUCAACUACUUCACCAAGCUGGUGGAGCAGUACACAAAGAUAUUGAUCCCACCGAAAGGCUUGCUCCUGAAACUCAAGAAAGAGGCUGAAAAUCCCAAGGAGGUCCUAGAUCAGGUGUACUACAGGGUGGAGUGGGCCAAGUUCCAGGAGCGGGAGAGGAAGAAGGAGGAGGAGGAGAAGGAAAAGGAGCGCGUUGCUUACGCCCAGAUUGAUUGGCAUGACUUCGUCGUGGUGGAAACAGUUGACUUCCAGCCCAAUGAGCAAGGGAAUUUCCCCCCUCCCACCACUCCAGAAGAGCUGGGAGCUCGAAUCCUGAUCCAGGAGCGUUACGAGAAGUUUGGGGAAAGCGAGGAGGUGGAGAUGGAGGUGGAGUCAGAUGAGGAAGAUGAAAACAAAGAGAAAACAGAUGAGGCCCCGGCCCAGCUUGAUCAAGACACACAAGUGCAGGAUAUGGAUGAGGGCUCAGAUGAUGAAGAUGAAGGGCAGAAGAUUCCUCCUCCUCCCGAAACUCCGAUGCCACCACCUCUUCCUCCCACACCAGAUCAGGUCAUUGUGCGGAAGGAUUAUGAUCCCAAAGCCUCAAAACCAUUACCACCCGCCCCAGCUCCAGAUGAGUAUCUCGUUUCCCCCAUCACUGGAGAGAAAAUUCCUGCCAGUAAAAUGCAGGAACACAUGAGGAUUGGGCUCCUGGAUCCUCGCUGGCUGGAGCAGCGCGACCGAUCCAUCCGUGAGAAGCAGAGCGACGAUGAGGUCUAUGCCCCAGGUUUGGACAUUGAGAGCAGCCUGAAGCAGCUGGCAGAGCGCCGUACCGAUAUCUUUGGUGUAGAAGAAACUGCCAUUGGUAAAAAAAUUGGUGAAGAAGAAAUCCAGAAACCAGAGGAAAAGGUGACCUGGGACGGCCACUCGGGCAGCAUGGCCCGCACACAGCAGGCUGCUCAGGCCAAUAUCACUCUCCAAGAGCAAAUCGAAGCCAUCCACAAGGCCAAGGGCCUGGUGCCAGAGGAUGACAGCAAGGAGAAGAUCGGGCCCAGCAAACCCAAUGAGAUCCCACAGCCACCCCCUCCUUCUUCAGCAUCAAACCCCCCGGCCAGCGCCCCGCCCAUCACCUCCGUGCCCCGUCCACCCGCGAUGCCCCCUCCUGUCCGUGCUGCUGUGGUUUCUGCUGUGCCAGUCAUGCCUCGUCCCCCGAUGACUUCUGUGGUCCGUUUGCCUCCGGGGUCUGUCAUAGCCACCCCCAUGCCCCCCAUCAUCCACACCCCGCGCAUCAACGUGGUCCCCAUGCCACCCUCUGCUCCUCCCAUCAUGAGCCCGCGCCCGCCGCCCAUGAUAGUGCCCACAGCCUUUGUUCCUGCACCUCCAGUGGCCCCAGUUCCCUCCCCAGCACCGAUGCCUCCUGUUCACCCCCCGCCACCGAUGGAGGAUGAGCCAGUCUCAAAGAAGCUGAAGAGUGAAGACAGCCUGAUCCCAGAGGAGGAGUUUCUGCGCAGGAACAAGGGUCCGGUCACGGUCAAAGUCCAAGUUCCCAACAUGCAGGACAAGACAGAGUGGAAGCUGAAUGGCCAAGUGCUGGUGUUCACCCUGCCUCUCUCAGACCAGGUGUCUGUCAUAAAGGUGAAGAUCCACGAGGCCACAGGGAUGCCUGCUGGGAAGCAGAAGCUGCAGUAUGAGGGCAUCUUCAUCAAGGACUCGAACUCUCUGGCCUACUACAACAUGACCAGUGGCUCUCUGAUCCACCUGGCACUGAAAGAAAGAGGUGGCAGGAAGAAAUAGGAGCCAUGGGGCCCAGAGAUGUAACGUGGCUGCGUUUGCCACUUGUGUAACCCCAACCCCACAAACCCUCCUGACCUUUUUAGGGGCUGCUG